GGCGAAUAGGUAGAGAUAAAUAGCAAACAACGACGUCUCUUCCUUCGAUUGCCUUGUUAGGGUUUUGUGUUUUGGCUUCUGGAUUCUUCUUCUUCACGAUGCAUAAGUUGAGUAGAAGCAACCGUGACAAACUUCAGCAGUUCGUGGCUAUAACAGGAGCUAGUGAGAAGAAUGCUCUUCAGGCUCUCAAAGCUAGUGAUUGGCACCUUGAAGCAGCGUUUGAUGUGUUUUACAGCCAGCCUCAACCAAGAAGCAAUGCUGCUGAUGUAAGACGCUUGGAGGAACUCUACAAUAGAUAUAAAGACCCGUAUUCUGAUAUGAUUCUAGCCGAGGGUAUCUCGGUUCUGUGUAAUGAUCUUGAGGUGGAACCCCAAGACAUAGUCACGUUGGUUCUUUCGUGGCAUAUGAAUGCUGCCACAGCUUGUGAAUUUUCCAGGCAAGAAUUUAUCAGUGGAUUACAGGCAUUAGGUGUAGAUUCAAUCGGGAAGUUGCACGAAAAGCUGCCAUUUAUGCGUUCUGAGCUUAAAGAUGAACAAAAGUUCCAUGAUAUAUACAACUUUGCUUUUGGGUGGGCGAAAGAGAAGGGGCAGAAAUCUCUUGCCUUAGACACAGCGAUUGGAAUGUGGCAGUUGCUCUUUGCAGAAAGAGAAUGGCCAUUGGUAACUCACUGGUGUGAUUUCUUGCAGGAUCGUCAUAACAAGGCCAUAUCUAAGGACACAUGGGCACAGCUCCUGGAAUUUGCAAGGACGGUCGACCCGGUGCUGUCGAAUUACGAUGCAGAAGGAGCAUGGCCUUACCUCAUUGAUGAAUUCGUUGAGUAUUUGUAUGACAAGAAUGUCGUUGAGAAGUGACCAGCCAACUGGGAGAAGUAAUCAGCUCU